UUCCCGGAGGGGGAGGAUGUCUGCGUCCGUCGGCGUCAGUUGUUGCGGUAGUUAGCUGGCCGUUGACCGGACGUGAACUUCUCGCCAGCUUCCCCUCGGGUCCACUUCACUGGGGGAGGGGGUGGGGAAGCAAACAAGGAAGUGGACGCGGCGGGGACACUUUUGACGACCUUCUCGCGGUUGUCCCCUGGCCAACAAGGAUUUUACACUUCACGCCAGACUCUGUAGCUAAUGGCAUCUCAUUAACUGGUUGUGGGAGCACUUUGCUGCAUUCCAUAUUCAAGGGGCGAAAGAACAAUGCUCUGCAUCGGCGCAUGGUCAAGUUGACCCGGUGAGGAACUGCAUCAUGUUGUACUCCGGGGCCGCAACUUUGCCGCUGUCCUGACACGAGCAGACCAAGUCGGGGUUUCUACCUCUUCACUUUAACCCCACUGGUGAGACUCUCGGUCACAAGAACACCAAGUUCCUCAGAAAGUGCGACCGAUAUCUCCUGCGGCCGAAUCUGGGAAUCGCAACUUAAUCCCGAGCUGGACAUGCCACACACCUGAUGUCCGAAACCUGUGCCGGACGGCGGCCGGACGCCGGGGAUGGUCCGGAGCGCGGCGGCGGAGAAGUCUGCUCCGACGACGACGAGCCCGCCAUGCAGCCAAUGGAGGCGGACGUAAAGAUCGACAUCUUCCGAGAAGAAGGCAGGGAGGACGAAGACGACGACUCGCCAUCCGAGCGGCAGAUUGUGGUGGGCAUCUGCUGCAUGAUGAAGAAGUCCAAGUCCAAGCCCAUGACUCAUAUCUUGGAGCGCCUCUGCAAGUUUGACUACAUCGAGGUGGUCAUCUUUCCCGAGGACGUCAUCCUGGAGGAGCCCGUGGACAAAUGGCCGCUGUGCGACUGCCUCAUCUCCUUUCACUCCAAAGGUUUUCCGCUGGACAAAGCUGUGGAAUACGCUCAACUCAGGAAUCCACUGCUCAUCAAUGACCUCAACAUGCAGUAUUUCAUACAGGACAGGAGGGAAGUGUAUCGCAUCCUUCAAGAAGAGGGCAUCGAGCUACCUCGAUAUGGUGUGCUCAAGCGAGACCCGGACAAUCCGGAAGCGUACGCGUGUCAAGAGUGCAACCUGGUGGAGGCGGAGGACCACGUGGAGGUGAACGGGGAGGUGUUCCCCAAACCUUUUGUGGAGAAGCCCGUGUGCGCCGAAGACCACAACGUCUACAUCUACUACCCAACGUCCGCGGGCGGCGGCAGCCAGAGGCUUUUUCGAAAGAUCGGCAGUCGCAGCAGCGUAUAUUCCCCGGAGAGCAGCGUUCGGAAGACGGGGUCGUACAUCUACGAGGAGUUCAUGCCCACAGACGGGACUGACGUGAAGGUGUACACGGUGGGUCCGGAUUACGCCCACGCGGAGGCCCGGAAGUCUCCCGCGCUGGACGGCAAAGUGGAGCGAGACAGCGAAGGGAAGGAGAUCCGAUACCCCGUCAUGCUGACCGCCAUGGAGAAGCUGGUCGCCCGGAAAGUCUGCCUGGCCUUUAAACAAACGGUCUGCGGCUUCGACCUGCUCCGAGCCAACGGCCACUCGUUUGUGUGCGACGUCAACGGCUUCAGCUUCGUCAAAAACUCCAUGAAGUAUUACGACGACUGUGCCAAGGUGCUCGGAAACAUGGUGAUGAGAGAGUUGGCCCCCCAGUUCCACAUUCCCUGGUCCAUUCCGAUGGAGGCCGAAGACAUCCCCAUUGUGCCCACAACCUCAGGAACCAUGAUGGAGCUGCGCUGCGUUAUCGCCAUUAUUCGCCAUGGCGACCGCACACCAAAGCAGAAAAUGAAAAUGGAGGUUCGACAUCCUCUAUUCUUUGAGUUGUUUGAGAAGUGCGGCGGUUACAAGUCAGGAAAGCUCAAGCUGAAAAAACCAAAACAGCUUCAGGAAGUGCUGGACAUCGCUCGUUUGCUGCUGCUUGAACUUGGACAACAUAACGACUGUGAAAUUGAGGAGAAGAAGUCCAAACUGGAGCAACUCAAGACCGUCCUGGAGAUGUACGGUCAUUUCUCAGGUAUCAACAGGAAAGUCCAGUUGACGUACUUGCGCAACGGACAGCCGAAAGCCUCCAGCGAAGAGGAAGACUCCAAGAGGGAGGCUCCGUCUCUGCUGCUGGUCCUCAAGUGGGGCGGCGAGCUGACGCCCGCUGGCCGGGUUCAGGCCGAGGAGCUGGGCAGAGCCUUUCGCUGCAUGUACCCCGGAGGACAAGCCGGUCGCCGCCGGGCCCUCGGCUGCGAGUCCCCUAUUGAUUUUGGCGACUACGCCGGCUUCCCGGGCUGCGGCCUCCUCCGCCUGCACAGCACUUACCGCCACGACCUGAAGAUCUACGCCUCCGACGAAGGCCGGGUGCAGAUGACGGCGGCGGCGUUUGCCAAGGGCCUCUUGGCUCUCGAAGGGGAGCUGACGCCGAUUUUGGUGCAGAUGGUGAAGAGCGCCAACAUGAACGGGCUGCUCGACAGUGACAGCGACUCGUUGACCGACUGCCAGCAGAAGGUGAAAGCCAGGCUGCACGAGAUCAUGCAGAAGGACCAGGAGUUCUCACGAGACGACUAUCAGAAGCUCGCGCCAACAAGCAGCCCAUCGCUGGUGAACUCCAUGAAAGUCAUCCAGAACCCGGUCAAAACCUGCGACAAAGUGUACGCUCUCAUCCAGAGCCUCACCUCACAAAUUCGCAAACGACUGGAGGAUCCCAAGUCUUCAGAUCUGCAACUGUACCACAGCGAGACGCUGGAGCUGAUGCUGCAGCGCUGGUCCAAACUGGAGAGAGAUUUCCGCAUGAAGAGCGGCCGCUACGACAUCAGUAAGAUCCCGGAUAUCUACGACUGCAUCAAGUACGACACGCAGCACAACUCCUCGCUGGACCUGGCGGACACCCUGGAGCUCUUCCGCCUCUCCCGAGCGCUGGCCGACAUCGUCAUACCGCAGGAAUACGGCAUCAGCAAAGCGGAGAAGCUGGACAUCGCUCAGGCGUACUGCGUCCCCCUGAUGAAGAAGAUCCAGCUGGACCUGCAGAGGACGCACGAGGACGAAGCCGUCAACAAACUGCACCCGCUGUACUCGCGGGGGGUGAUGUCGCCGGGUCGCCACGUCCGCACGCGCCUCUACUUCACCAGCGAGAGCCACGUCCACUCCCUGCUCAGCGUCUUCCGCUACGGCGGACUCUUGGACGAUGAAAAAGACCAGCAGUGGAAGCAAGCCAUGGACUACCUGAGCGCCGUGACUGAGCUCAACUACAUGACCCAGAUCGUCAUCAUGCUGUACGAAGACAACAACAAGGAGCCCUCUUCGGAGGAGCGUUUCCACGUGGAGCUGCACUUCAGCCCGGGGGUCAAAGGCUGCGAGGACGAGGAAAACGUGCCGCUGGGCUUCGGCUUCCGGCCGGCCUCUUCAGAGAAUCAGGACAAAAAGCCCAACCAGGGCAGCCUGGAGGAUCUCUCUCAGGACCAAACGGACCAGGCACUUCUUGUGUCCGAGCCCAUCAACAUCCUGAGACGCCCGCCCAUGAUUCGCAACCGCAAGACGGGCUCCAUGGAGGUCCUCUCUGAGACCUCGCCCACCCAGUCGUCCAAAGGCUGCACGUCGCACCGACUCUUCCCUUCGGGCUCGCGCCAGUCGCCCGAGAUCAAACCAGCCAGCGGCCUAGGCUCACACUGCUCUGGCCUCUUCAGCGCCUCCAUGCUGGGGGUGUCCUGUAGCGCCCCCAACCUGCGGGACUACGUGCGCACGCACCACCAUCACCACCGAAAACCCCCCCUGUCCCCCGGCAGCCUGCCCUGCCAGAUUGGCAUGUUCGAGCUGUUGUCUAUGCCGCCAGUAAAGAGAUUUUCUGUGUCGUUUGCCAGGCAUCCGACUAACGGUUUCGAAGGCUGCUCGAUGGUGCCCUCUAUCUACCCGCUGGAGACGCUGCACAACUUGCUCUCGCUGAAGCAGGUGGACGAGUUCCUCAACGCCGUGUGCGAGAGCAGCAGCGAGGCCCACGCCAAGACCAUGAAGGGUACCGCCGCAAACGCCAGCCCGCUGUCGGGACUCUUCGACUCUCAGAGCCAGGCGUCGUCGCCCUACGGCCCCCAACAGCCGCUCUCGUCUUCGGGCUCCGAGGCGUCGCUGCGACCGCCCAGCCGGCCGCUUUGGCAUGGCAGUGUCCCCUCCAGUGCUGUGUCCAGCGCUGGCCCCUCUUCCCCCAUCACGGAGAACUCUGCCCUCAACUUCAGCGAGUAAACCCAAGCACACACACACACACACACACACACACACACACACACACACACACACACACACACACACACACACACACACACACACACACACACACACACACACACCUUCUUGUUGAAUGCACUUUAUGCUCACUCCCUAUUUGUUUAGUUGACUGGAGCAAUUAGCCUGCACCCAGUACUGGACUAUAAACCCCUGUGGACUGCAAAUAUGUCGUAUUUGAACGCCUGGCGUGCCUUUGGCUUCCGCUGCUGUGUUUUGAUUUUUAGCAGCGACGAUUUUGAGCAGGAAAGUUUCAACUUUGUUUUUGGAAGUAUUAGCGCCAACGUUAGAACCGUUGAAAUAAUUUCACACAAAUUGCUGUAUGAUUUGGGUUUGCUGUUCUAAUAGUUUUGGUUUGGCGUCCAAACCGACCGCCUUUAUUUUGCCGCGUGGGUGUCGAAGAUGACGGCGGACGUUGAGUUUUCCCACACAUCGAAUUUGCUUGCAAUCCUGUGGCUCAAUUUUGGAUCAGCGCUUGAUGUGACGCUUUGUACGCGCUGUCGCUAAUGCUGCACAUUUGACCCGCCCCCACAACUUCCCGUCAAAUUUGCGGAGCAAAACCGAACAACCAAAGUUCCUGCACACGCUUGAGGUGGGCUUGAUUUGCGGGGCCCAUCUCCGGAGCUCCUUGCGGAUGCGACGUUUGUCACCGCUUUCAUGUUUUCAUGUCUUUGUCUCCGAAGAGAAGGCCGCCAAAGUGCAACCGAACCAAAAUAAGCAAAUAAAACCACUCAAGCACAAAUUUCAAGUUCCGUCUUUUGUUUUGGCCGCACGACGACAGUUUGUGCGCGUUUCGGUACCACCACCCAAAUAUCUCGGACUUGAGCCAAUCGUGAUGAGCGCUGCCUAGCAACAGAUGACAAGCCAAAGUUGGGACAGAAAUGGCCUCUUCCUCUUCCUCAUCCUGUCACCUCCUUCAUUCGUCUCCAGGCUUUCUUAUCUCCUCUUCUGGCCUCCUUGCCUCCUCCCCCCCUCGUCCUUUCAUCUCCUCCUCACUCGGUCGCCAUCUGACCGCCUCCUUUUCUGGCUUUGUUGUCUCAUCCCGCUCGUCUCCCUUUUUCUUCUCGUUUUUUGUCUUCUCAUGUCCUUGUUUCCUUUCCUUGCGCCCUUGUUUUUUUUCUCGCUCUCCUCACUUGCUCGCUUUUGUGCCUUUUUCCUGGCAUCGCCCUGUUUCCUCUCCUCAUCUUUUCCUUGUGUCCUUGUGCCCUUUGUCAUGUCCUUGUCUUUCCUUUCCUCUUCACCUCCUCGUCCUCUCACGUCUUCAUUUUCUCCCCUCACCUCCUUUUUAUUCUCAUCUCCUUGCUUCCUUGUUUCCUCGCCUCACUUCCUUGUCUCCGGAGCUCCUCGUUUCUCAUCUUGUUUGCUGCGGUCUUCAAUUCCUGGUUUUCUCAUUAAA